AUGUGUUGGAAACCUGGCCAGUCUAUGGUAAAGGAGCCCCUGUCGCCCUCGCAGCUGCGCAUCAAGAUUCUUGCACCAAUCGUCACAGGCGCCGCGCUCGCAGCUCUCCUUCUGCAGGACUGGGGAGAGGGCACGGUCUUCUCUGGCGUGCGUCCCGCAGUCAAGUCAGCCCUCAACCGCGUGCUCGGCGCACAGCAGCCGCCGCGCAGCAAUAGCAAGUCCGACACUUCUGCAGAGGCUUGA